AAAGGUGUGGAGUGGUCUAAAUUCUGAAUUUUCCAAAAUUAGAAGCAAAGCAAAAAAAUGGCAAACAUUUCAAUUCCACUCCCACGAACCGGUUUGUUGUCCACACGCAACUGCUCAACCAAACGCCCAUCCUUCGCCACUUCAGCUCCACCUUUCAGAAUUACUUGCUCUGUUGUAAGAGAAGGUGACUUAGAUGGAUCUGAAAAUAAAGCAAGGUUAUUUAGUUUUAAUACAAUCAAGGGCGUUGCUUGUGGUAUUCUUGCAGCUUACACUGUUACUUCUGCUUCAUUUCCCGUUAUUGCUGCUACUCAGAGGUUGCCCCCGUUGUCAACUGAGCCCAAUCGCUGCGAGCGGGCAUUUGUUGGCAACACAAUUGGUCAGGCAAAUGGUGUGUAUGACAAACCAUUAGAUCUUCGAAAAUGUGACUUUACAAAUGAAAAAUCCAACCUAAAGGGGAAGACACUGUCUGCAGCACUAAUGUCUGAUGCCAAGUUCGAUGGCGCUGACAUGACAGAAGUUAUAAUGUCGAAAGCUUAUGCUGUCGGGGGCAGCUUCAAAGGUGUGGACUUCUCAAACGCAGUAUUGGACCGAGUUAAUUUCGGGAAAGCUGAUCUCCAAGGAGCUGUAUUUAGGAACACGGUUUUGUCGGGGUCGACCUUUGACGAAGCUAAACUAGAAGGUGCUGUUUUUGAGGAUACUAUCAUUGGUUACAUUGAUCUCCAGAAGAUAUGCAGAAAUACGAGUAUCGGCGAGGAAGGAAGAGCCGAGCUAGGAUGUCGAUGAUGAUUAAGAAAUGUUUUCAUUCAUGUCUUUUUUUUUCUUUCUUUCUUGUAAGCUGCUAUAACAUGAAUCCAUGAUAUAGGAGAGUAAAUUGGUGAGGAGAAAUAGUACAUGUUUGCUGCUACAUUACAUCCAAAAGUAAAUCCAAUUGUUUUCUUUUUCUUUGUAAUGUAUUAUUUCAUUUGAAAUGCAGUAACUUAUAAAUUGAAAACAUUACUAAUGGUAUGAGUAAUUACUUGCACUUGUUUUUAA